GGUGAGUUUCCCCCGCAUGCGCAGUGAGCUCCGUCGGCCUCCUCCACUCGAUGCUUUUCGGGCGCUCAAAAAAUGCACUGGAAGCUGGCGAGGUCUCCUCUCCCGAGCUCAGUCACCAUCAAAAGUCGCCUUUCGGACUACGCCAGACACCUCCCGCUGGCGAGGUUUUUAUUCAUGUUUUUGGUAGCGCUCCGUCGAACUGAGUCAUCGCCGAACUACCGCCGGCGCUGAUGCGGCCGUGUUGUGACGCCGGUCCCGCGUCCCCCCGGUGCCUCCUCGCCGCCGCAUGACUUCUGACCUCCAACCUCGCCACCUUCCUCUGCAGCGGCCGAGCGUCUCCUCUCGCCUCCCGCUCCCCCGCCGAGGAGCCGCCGAGCGACUGGCGUCGAACACGCGGCGCCGUCUGAUCCCCUUUCCUCCUCUUCCCGCUCCCAGAACCCCCCCCACAGGUCGCAGUUUUUUUCUUCCCGGCGCUAUCGAGCCCGGUCGGGCCAGCCGCGCGCACUCUUCGAAGCUGGGGCGCGACUCGUGUGAUGCGACCAUGUCGGGUCUGGGCGAGCGCCGGCCGGUCAACGCGGACUACGCCGUCUCCCUGCUGGAGCAGCUCAAGUUCUUCUACGAGCAGAAGCUGCUGACGGACGUGGUGCUGCUGGUGGACGACACCGAGUUCCCGUGCCACAAAAUGGUGCUGGCCGCGUGCAGCUCUUACUUCAGAGCGAUGUUCAUGGGCGGGCUGAGCGAGAGCAAGCAGACGCACGUCAGCCUGCGCAACGUGGACGCCGCCACGCUGCAGAUCAUCAUCACGUACGCCUACACGGGCCACCUGGCCAUCACCGACAGCACCGUGGAGCCGCUCUACGAGACCGCCUGCUUCCUGCAGGUGGAGGACGCGCUGCUGCAGUGCCGCGACUACCUGGUGAAGAAGAUCAACCCGGAGAACUGCGUGCGCAUGCUGAGCAUCGGCGACCUGUUCAGCUGCAGCGAGCUGAAGCAGAGCGCCAAGCGCAUGGUGGAGCACAAGUUCCCCACGGUGUACCGGCAGGACGCCUUCCUGCAGCUGUCGCACGAGCUGCUCGUCGACGUGCUGAGCAGCGACAAUCUCAACGUGGAGAAGGAGGAGACGGUGCGCGAGGCGGCCAUGCUGUGGCUGGAGUACAACAUGGAGGCGCGCUCGCAGCACCUGUCGUCGGUGCUCAGCCAGAUCCGCAUCGACGCGCUCUCGGAGGUGACGCAGCGCGCCUGGUUCCAGGGCCUGCCGCCCAACGACAAGUCGGUGGUGGUGCAGGGCCUGUACAAGUCCAUGCCCAAGUUCUUCAAGCCGCGCCUGGGCAUGACCAAGGAGGAGAUGCUGAUCUUCAUGGAGGCGCUGGCGGAGUCCCCGGGCAUAAGGGUGGUGAUGACGUCGGUGCCCGCCGCCAUGGUGUGCUACAGCCCGCAGGCCGAGAAGGUCUACAAGCUCUGCAACCCGCCGCGGAACCUGCAGAAGGUGGGCACGCUGGUCACGCCCGACAACGACGUGUUCAUCGCCGGCGGCGAGGUGGUCCUGGAGAACGCCUUCAGCCGCGGCGGCGGCCUGCAGGUGGUGGUGGACGCGGUGGACAGCUUCUUCUGGCUGGACGCCCAGCAGAACACCUGGGUGGCCAAGACGCCCAUGCUGUGCGCCCGUCUCAAGCCGUCGCUGGUGUACUGCGACGGCUGCAUCUACGCGGUCGGCGGCGACAACGUGGGCGGCGACCUCGACAGGCGCACGGUGGAGCGCUACGACCGCCAGAAGGACGAGUGGAGCAUGGUGAGCCCGCUGCCGGCGGCGUGGAGCUGGAGCACGUGCGUGGCGGCGCACGACCGCAUCUACGUGCUGACGCACGACGUCAUGUACUGCUACGUGCCGCGCGCCGACGCCUGGGUGGAGAUGGCCCUGCGCAAGACCAGCCGCUGCUACGCUUCGGCCGCCGCCUUCGGGGACCUCAUCUUCUACCUGGGCGGCCUGCACGUGGCGGGAAGCUCGCGCGCCGGCCCGCGCCUCCCGCCCAGCGCCGUGGAAGGCUCCUCGCUGACGGUGGAGAUCUACGACGUCAACAAGAACGAGUGGCGCCAGGCCGCCAACAUCCCGGCCAAGCGCUACUCCGACCCGUGCGUGCGCGCCGUGGUGCUGCUGGACGGCCUGUGCGUCUUCAUGCGUGAGACGCUCAUGCACGAGCGGCCCAAGUACGCCAUCUACCAGUACGACGUGGAGCUGGACCGCUGGUACCUGCGCCAGCCCGUGUCCGAGCGCGUCCUCUGGGAGCUGGGCGACAACUUCCACUGCGCCGUGGGCAAGCUGUACCCGUCCUGCCUGGAGGAGUCCCCGUGGAAGCCGCCCGCCUACCUCUUUUCGCCCGACAGCGCCGAAGAGUUCGACGUGGACGGCGAGCUGCUCCCCCUCGUAUAGCGCUGAACCUUCCCCUGAGGCGGGAGGGGGGCAAGCAAAAGGAAAAGGGCGCCGUGACGACUGGCAAACACAAACGACGUCACCUUUUUUUUUUUUUUUUUCUUUCCUUGUCGAUCUCACAAUGCAGCGCGGCGGAGGCUCCGUUUGUGGAGUUUGCAUGUUGUCCCCCCCCCGUUUGCGUGGGCACUCCGCCUUCCUCCCACAUUCCGAGAUCGUUCACGUUGGCACAAUUGAGGAUUCUAAAUUGCCUGAAAAGUUUGAAUACGUUUGUCGAUGAUGCGAAAGUUUUAAAAGAGUUAAUAGGGAACGUCGGCAAGUAAUUGCUGUCGGAUGCCACCGGAUGGCGGCAAAGCACUGCUCGUGUCUAAUUGGCACCUCCCCCGACUUCAACGUUCAUGCCCCGGCACCGGAAAUGCAAAUAUACGGAAACGUCAGGAUGACGCUAAAAUGCUGUAGCUCAUCGCUCAAAAUAUAUCUGAUAGAAGCUAAUUUAAUACGUUUAUCAGGCAAAUUUCCAUCGUCAAAUUCACGGCAGGCGUCUGCGGGUCUGCCAUCGAGCCGCAGUCGCGAGUCUUCGGGCAGCGGUUUUCGUGUCAUCGGCAGGUUGUGACAAAUACUGGAAGAUCGACUGAAAUUGAGUUCACGUAUAAAGGUUACCGUGCGUUUUAGGUGCAUCCUCAAAUUCCCCCCCCCCCCCCCCCCCAGACC